CCUCCCCCUCCCCUCCCCGCGCUCACCUGCCCGGCCGGCCCCUCCUUCCAGCUAGUGGGGCCGAGUCCGCAGCCCGCCCCGCCUCGGCUCCGGCGGCCGGCGGCGCCCUGCCAGCCCCGCACCUGGCCCCCAGGGGGCUCCCUAGCGCAAGUCCCGUCCCCUUAGGAAGUCCGCGGCUGGCAGCUCCCUCCGCGGAGGCUGAGCCCCGUGCGUUUGGGCUCAGUGGUGCCGGCGAGGGAGAAGGGGACACAGUCCCACGCGGGGAAAGCUCGCGUACACGAAGACGCCCUGGUCUCUCCUCUACCGCGCGCGUUUGGAAACGCAGCUGUCGCCGCCGCCGCGCCCACUCCGCGAUCGGGGAGCGCCGCCGUUAGCGUUCCCCCGGUGCCCUUUUCCCGGUGACCACCCGGAGCGGCGAGUCCGCCCCGCCCGGACCGUCGCCGUGAAUGACAUGGACCAAAGACUGUCAGAGCUGGUCGAGGACCUCACGACCUCGGGAGAGCCCCAGCUGAACGCGGAGAAGAUGAAGGAGCUGAAGAAAAUAUGCAAGUCGUCGGAGGAGCAGCUGAGCCGCGCCUACCACCUGCUGAUGGCCCGGCUGAGCCAGGAACACGCCGAGGUCCGCCUCUCCGCCUUCCAGGUCGUGGGCGAGCUCUUCGGCCGGUCGCACCUGUUCAGGGUGCUGGUCGUGUCCAACUUCCAGGAGUUCCUGGAGCUUACCCUGGGCACCGACCACAGGAAGCCCCUGCCGCCGCCCCGGGAGGUGGCCCGGAGGCUGAAGCAGGCUGUCACCCUGGCUGUCCAGAGCUGGAACGAGAAGUUUGGCGCUGCCUAUAAGAAGCUUGCCUUGGGCUACCACUUCUUGAAACACGGCCAGCAGGUGGACUUUCAGGACGUGGACGCCCGGACCCCGGCGGAGAGGAAGAGGGAGGAGGAGAGGCAGAGGCGCCUGGACCACAUCUACCGGCAAAGGUCCGAGCAGGCCGUGCGAGAGAUGCAGGAAAUGUCCGAAGAGAUCCGGGGCUGCCUGGUGGAGGCAGACAGCUGCUUCCGGCUGCUGCUGCCCUUCGACUUGGGGCCUUGCCCGGGGGCCGCCCCGCCCGCCACGGCCCGCCCCACCGGCACCGCCGACCCUGGGGACGACCCUGGGGACGGGGAGCAGCCGUGCUGCAGCAAGACCCUGCCCGACUGCGCCCGCCCCACCGGGGCCCCCAGCGGGGCGGGGCCGCGCCAGGCCUGCACCGGGGCCCCCUCGGAGGACGAGGAGGAGGAGGACGACAGUGACGACGGCGACCCAGACGAGUUCCUGCGGCACCACGGGCUGGGCUCCCACAAGUACACGCUGGACGUGGAGCUCCGCUCAGACGGCCUGAGGGUGCGGGCGGACGAGGACAACUGUGCUGUCAUCCAGUCGGCCCAGGACGCGCUGAAGCUCAUCCGGAACAAGUUCCUGCCCGCCGUGUGCUCCUGGGUCCAGCUCUUCACCCGUGCAGGGACGCACCGUGGCCACUUGGAGGCCGCCAUCGGCCUGAAGGCGGAGCUGGAGGCGGCCCUGCGGAGGUCCCGGGAGCUGGACAUCGAGCCUGCGGGGCUGCCCGGCAGGGAGGUGGCUGCCCCGGAGGACGAGGAUGAGGAUGACGACGACUUUGUGGAAGUCCCCGAGAAGGAGGGCUACGAGGCCUGUGUCCCCGAGCACCUGUGGCCCAAGGGCGGGCUGGAGACGGACCCGGCCGCGCAGGACUUGCAGGCGAGGAAGAGGGCGAGGCUGGACGAGGAGGCAAGCGACCCCACGUCUGCGGCCGCCCAGCCUCACUGGCUCCGGGGCCCCGCGAGCCCAGCCCCGUGCCCGAGCCCCAGGGCACCGCUGGGGCCCGAGGAGGCCGGAAAGCUGGCCGCAGAGCGGGCCCGGGCGCCCAUCCUGCCCUUCGGGGUGGACCUGUGCAACUGGGGCCAGGAGCCGCCGGCAGCCGGGAAGGUCGUCAAAGCCGAGUCCCAGCACCGCUUCUGGAAGCCCAGCGAGGUGGACGAGGAGGUGACCAGCGCCGAGGUCUCCGAGGGGCUGCGCAGCCGCCGCAUCACCUUCGCGGGGCGGUUCGAGCCCGUGCAGCACCGGUGCCGUGCCCCUAAGCCCAACGGCCAGCUCUGCGAGCGCCAGGACCGGCUGAAGUGCCCGUUCCACGGCAAGAUCGUCCCCAGAGAUGAUGCGGGACGGCCCCUCUGCCCGGAGGACAGGGCGCGGGAGCAGAGGCAGCAGCUGCAGAGGCAGGCCCAGCGCCCAGACUGGCGCGACCCCGAGCUGACGAGGGACGUGGAGGCGGCCCUGGGCGUGGACCUCGGCUCAUCCGGGCCCCGCGGGAGGGGCCGAGGCAGGAGGAGGGGGCGCCCCGGCCUCACCGACCUGAAGCAGCAGGCUGACACCGCCCGCACGCGCAUCGCCAAGAAGGUCUUCGCCAAGGCGGCCGUGCGGCGGGUGAGCGCAGCCCUGGACCAGAUGGACCAGAGGAAGCACAGGAAGUUCGCAAACCAGUUCAACUAUGCUCUGAGCUAGAGGCGGGGCCGCUGCGUCGCGGUCCCCAGGCCCGCCAGCCCCCCUGUGCCCCGCCAGUGCACCAGGGGGCGCCACGCAUGUGGGCCUGGGUGGCCUCUAUGCCCUGUGCGUGGUCGAGAUGCAGGGUGUGCGUGUGGCCCCGACCCUCAUCCCCCAGCCUUGCGGGCUGACGGCUCAGGAAACCGAGGGAAACCCACACCGUUGUGUGAAUGCUCUCUCAACGCCAACGCCAAGGGACGCGGACCGCCCGCUGUGCCCCGUCCUGCUUCCUGCUCAGACCGCCCCGGCGCCGACUCCCCCACUCCGCUCAGGAAGCAGCCCAGGGGAGCCGUGGGGCACGCGGCGGGCAGCUGUGGGGGGGGGCAGGCACGUGUCUGGUGCGGGCCC